AUUAUGUACACAACUUAUGUAACACAAGUCAUAGAUUUAUGUCAUAUCGGUAUUUUGGUUUAUAAUUCUGGUGUAUCUGUAUUUGUAGCUUUGCUUUUGCAAACUAUUUUAUAAGAACUAUACAGAAGAGCCCUACAUUUAAUUAACUUUCCUGGAAAUUAUCUAUACUUAAAUGUAAUCACUGUAUACAACUCAACCAACUAAUUUCCCCCAGGAUGGAGGAAUCUUGUAUUUUUUGUGGAGUGGGUGCGGAUCCUGUAAAACAAGAACUACUCGACGAAAAUAUAAAAAACUGGACAAACAUGUGUACGGAAUCGAUUUGCUGUUUAUUCCAAAUUUCUGGUGACCACACCCUCCCAGGAAUCUUGACUGCUGCUCAUUAUUGUGAUAAAUGUCGUCAACUCGUUCGAGAUGUAGAUUUCACGCUUCGCCUCUUUAACCAACUCUUACACCGCUUGGAGAACGUGCAGAAGGAAAUCUUGCAUAAUUUAUCUAGUCGGAGAGAAGAUGAAGGAAAUGAUGAUGAGAUGAAAGACAUAAAGCAUUCCAAUGAUCUGAUAAGAGAGAUGUUUCGUCAGGGGAGUGCAAAUAUCAACGUUGGGAUCGAUCAGCUAAAAAGUUUAAUGAGCUUGGAGAGAUUGACUAAGCACAAUAAUUUGGGAGACGACAACUGUUUUAAGGUCAUAAAUAAUUUCAACGGGUCGGAGGUCCUGCAGGGGAAGAGACUUGUUGUUACAAAAAGACAAAGAAAUUCAAAUGGCCAAAUCCUUACUGUAAAAGUAGAAACCGAGUUACGCGAAGGUGUAAAUUUUGAAGAUUCAGGUCAAGGCUACUUAUCUGAUGGAGAAAUCGACCAGGAUGAUAAGAAUAGCUGGUCUGAGGAGAAUUCAUCCGACCAAGAAAUUUCAGACUCUAGCAGUUCCUCUGAUUACGAAGAAAAUCACGUCAAAAGACCAAAAAGAAAGCUUAAACAAUGUGAAAAGAUAUAUUUUCAAUGCUCCCUGUGCAACGUGAAAGUUUCCUCAGAAUUAAGUCUAAACUGCCAUCGACGCAAAGUUCACGAAGCGGAUCCCGUUCCAUUUCACUGUGACAAGUGUCCCCAAAAAUUCAAAGUGUACAAAACUCUGAUGCAUCAUAGAUCUACCGAUUGUGGACGGUUAUCAUCCCAGCAGCAACGAUCUCAUCCCAGCGAAACUUUCCUGUGUGAAUUCUGCUCAAAGAAAUACUGCUCUGCAAACUACCUUGCGAAACACGUCGCCACGUGUCACACUCAACAACACUGUGAUUUCUGCAAUUUCGGAUUCGAAACCGUGCAAGAACUCGAAGCGCAUGAAGAACUACAUAAAAAAUGCGAGCAGCCAUUCCAAUGCGUCCUAUGUGAUCAAGUAUUGACAAAUUCUUCCAACUUGAGGAGACAUGUCAUCGUUUCCCACACAGAUAAGCAUGUUGUGUGCGAAAUUUGUGGGGGAAAAUUUAUGUCCGCCUCACACAUGAAGAAACAUCACAAAAUUCAUCAGGAAGGUUACGUCGGACAUAAGUGUGGCGUUUGUGGUUAUACUUUCUCUCGUGCGUCCGCAUUGAAACAUCACAUGCUCAAGCACUCAAAAACCAAGUCGUUUACUUGCGAAAUUUGUGGAAAAGGGUUUACUUAUCAGAGUGGUUUGACCGUGCAUUUAGCGAGUCAUCAGGUAGAGAGGAAAUUUAUUUGCAAAAUUUGUGGGAAAGGAUUUUCAGCAAAGUGCUUUCUCAUGCGGCAUGAAGAGAUCCACUCUGGGACGUCGGCGUAUGAAUGUCCAACUUGUGGGAAGAAAUUCAAGACGAGGAAUAGUUUAUCGCAGCAUGUUACGACACAUUUGCCCAAAGAUCCGAAUAAGAAGCCAAGGGUGCGUAAAAGUCAGAAAGGUGGAGAUGAACGAGAUGAAGGUGUCCAGAGAGGAAGAAAAGGUCAUGUCAAUGUUAAUAAUGUGGACGUAGCUGCAGCUGGACUAGUAUUUCAGGGGGCGUAUUCUAACUAUAAUUCAUUCUGAUAUAAAGAAAUUGUAUUUUAAAUGGAUAAAUCUUGAAUAUUAAUAUGUAUAAAAAUUUAUAAGUUUUAAUUUUUUGAGAAAAAUUAUCCAUGACUUUUAUAUUCGGAUGCAUAAGUAACUUUUAAUUCAUAUGUUUAUACAUUGAUGCAAUUUUGUUAAGCAUAUGUAGCUAUUUACAUAAGUAAUUUUGUGGAGAUGGGUUUAAAAGGAAAAUCGAUAUCCAUUAACUUAAUGAUAAAUACUCUUCGUUAAUUAUUUCGUUUAUAUUGCUUAAAAUUUGCACACAUGUACUAAUAAAUAACAUAACGUAGGAAAAUAGGUCCAUGCACACACCCAUAAUUAACAUUUUGCAUUUCUGAAAUUGUAUAUGUAUAUUUGUAUAAGCAAACAAUAUAUGCCUUGAAGUAUUUAUAUGCUGGAGAUGAUCGCAUGCCACUUGGGGAAUAAUUUCUACAAUACAUGACUAAAUUUUCUUCUUCUAAUUCAUCAACUGGGGUAAUUUUAUUAUGCUUGUUAUCUUAUUUACACAAAUCCAAAUCAACUAUUUUUACAGAGUCUAAUUUAAAUAAUCUUUGCCACAGUAAAAUAAAAUAAAUUUGUCUACUACACUA